AUGCCCAAACCAAAGAAAUCCGACCCCAAACCCCCUCCAACCCGCCAACCCCUCCCCACACAACCACCAAACUGGCCACCCCUCCGUCCCCUCCUCCCCACAACAGACCUACACCUCACCCCCCUCGUCCCCGACCAGAUCUACCUAAUCCGCAAUUUCCUCCCAGCAACCCUCUGCAAGACCUACGCCUCAUUCCUGUCAAACCUCCCGCUGACGACGACACCCGGCCGGCCGAAGAAGGACGAGGCUGUACGUGUGAAUGAUCGGUUUCAGGUGCAGGAUGCGAGGUUUGCGGAGAUGUUGUGGGGUGGGACGGCGUUAAGGGAGUUGGUGAUGGAGAGGUUUGAUGAGGAUGAGGAGGAGGAGGAUGGAUAUGAAUAUGAAGAUGGAGAUGGAAUUGAAGAUGAGGGUAAAGGAAGGGAAGAAGACGAACAAGCCAAAGCAGACAAGCUUCGCGAGACAUGGGGUGGACGACCACUCGGGUUGAACCCAAAUAUACGUAUCUACCGUUACUCAAAGGGUCAAUUCUUUGCUCAGCAUUACGACGAAUCCAACACCCUAACCUACAAUCCCCCUCCCCCUCAACCACAAAAUCAAAAUCCACCCCGGCCCUCACAACCUGGACCCUCCUAA